AUGAGUGAGGAUAUCGGAGUGACCCGUUUCCGUGAAUAUCUUCGGGUCAACACAGAGCAACCAAAACCAGAUUAUGUUGCCUGCCGCGAUUUCCUUUUCAAGUAUGCUGACGAACUGGGAAUUCAAAGAAGAGCUGUUGAGACUGCCCCAGGAACCUUCUUCGUCAUCAUGACCAUCCCAGGAUCGCGACCAGAACUGCCAGCAAUAAUGCUGUACUCUCAUACCGACGUUGUUCCAACUUUUCGCGAGUUCUGGACUCAUGAUCCAUAUUCCGCUUUCAAGGACGAACAAGGAAACAUUUUCGCUCGCGGAGCACAAGAUAUGAAAUGUGUCGGAGUUCAAUACAUGGAGGCACUCAGAAAUUGGUUCGCCAAAGGAGUCAAACAAUGGACACGAACAAUUCAUAUCGUAUGGGGACCAGAUGAGGAGAUCGGUCAUAUUAACGGAAUGAAAGGAUUUGCAGUUACCGAAGAGUUCAAAAAAUUGAAUAUCGACUUCGCGCUUGACGAGGGAAUUGCAAAUGAAGAUGACGUUUACAAGAUCUUCUACGCUGAAAGGAUCCCCUGGUGGGUUAAGGUCACACUACCUGGAAACCCAGGACAUGGGUCUAAGUUCAUUGAGCAGACUGCUGUUGAGAAAUUGCACAAACUCAUCGCCAGUGUCGAUGAAUUCAGAAAUGAGCAGAAGGCGUUGUUGGCUGGAAAUCCUGAACUGACUGUUGGAGAUGUCACCACUUCAAAUGUGACGAUUAUCAACGGAGGAGUGCAAGUCAACGUAGUGCCAGAGAAGUUCGAAGCAUAUAUUGAUAUUCGUGUAACUCCUCUUCAAGACUUAGACGUUGUUCGUGCUCGUGUCGAUCAAUGGGCAAAGGAAGCAGGAGAAGGUGUCACAUACGAAUUCAUGCAGUCAACUAAUCCGGCGGACAAGUCGACGGUCGAUUUCAAAACAUUCUCAAACUUCAAGUUGAUUUCACCAUCUACUAGAGAGGAUCCAUUCUGGGCUGCGAUUGAUGAUGGAUUGAAACAAGAAGGAUGCAAGUACAAGAAAGAAAUCUUCAUCGGAGCCACCGAUUCCCGCUUCGUCAGAGCGCAAGGAAUCCGUGCUAUCGGUUUCUCGCCGAUCAUCAACACUCCAUCAUUAUUGCACGAUCACAACGAGUUCUUGAAUGAGAAAACGUUCUUGAGAGGUGUUCAAAUCUACGAGACUCUGAUCAACAACCUUGCCAACGUCAACUGA